AUGGUCGCUGUCUCGUAUGAUGCGAACGGCAUCCGAUCGUUGGAGAAAUAUGCCAAAGAGAUCUUCUCUUGCUACAGUUGGAGCGACUUCUACUACAAGUUGCCACCUGGAGGCAUUAUCGGGCGUGUCCUCGAGAAAGUAUCUUGGAGUACUCCGACUGCCCUCGUCGGAAGAUGU